AUGGCUCUUAAGAAGAGUCCAAAGGCGACCGAACAUCCCGAUAUCGCAGCGUGGAAGAAGGCGACAGAUGAGAUCAAAAAGGAGCUCGACAAGAGGAAGGGGGAGAAGGAUGCGAAGGGCGUGCAAGCGGCGAGGGAGAGCUUGUGCAAAGGGGAGAAGCUCAUUCGCACCUUGCUCGACGACCCUACGUUCCCCGCCAAGGUGGUCAAGGAUCUCGAGGUAUGGUGUGAGGACGAUUUCCUGGAACACCAAAUUAAGAUCUCGCAUACGUCUUUCGAGAGGUUCGCAUAUCUCGCCCUCAGUGCAGCAGUCUCCGUGUGUAUCGAGCCUCUGCUGUCGAACUUCCAAGACCAGGACACUGAGACCGAGGGAGGAAGGAAGGACAGCGGAGAGGUAAGAGAUACUCUCGGACGUAUCAUGGCGGCCAUAACGGCGAUUAUGACCUUGAUCGUAGAGGCUCAUAUCGAUGCCGAUUCGGCGGAAGCCUCCAGUGGAGCUAUCGGAAAGAACAUCUCACCUUACCUCGACCGCCAGUGGAUCAGCCUACUCCUCACUCUCCUCGAACACGCGGAAAAGAAGGGGUACCACCAUCACAAGACUACCGCAGGCCUCAUCGACUUCUUCGAGACCUUGACGAGCGGUGACAACUCUCGUCGUCUCGGCAUAUGGGGGUCUGACCAAUUCGCUGUAGACUCGAGCCUCCAAGGCAUGCGCAGUCUCGUCUUCAGUCUGCCCUACGAUCCCGCCAAACCCAUCGCCGAUCAAGCGGAGAUACGGAGGAACUACUUUCUUGCUGCUGUCAGCACGCACCCGGAGUACAAAGAGGCAGACCCGCAGGCACGUAGGGAUAUCCGCAAUAUCGUCAUGCAGCUCCCCACAAUAGUGUCUCGGAAGCCGAGGUUGUACAUGAAGAUCGUCAAUCAUCUGCACGGUAUCGACGACAAGGAUAGACCGCAGGGCUUCCCCGUCCGAUCCUUCUCUCUCAACGACGACAACAUGCUGAAUUCCGCCCAAGCCAAGAAGCGGCUGGCGGCUGGCGAGCUCAUUGUCUACGUGGAUCAGUUCGAGAUGCGCGUCAACGACUUCAACGAGUAUGGCCGAGAGGAUGCCCUCACCCUUGAUCAUUCCCAGGCGAUGUUUUGCUGGCGGGACACCGGCGAGAAGAGAGGUCAAUUCGAAUGGUUUCGGAUCAAACCAGGGACGAACGACCGAAAGAUCAAUAUCGAGGUGGAGCCGAACCACGCCGACCGCUUUGAGCAGGCGCUCAGGAAGUACUUCCCUCCUCUCGCCUGGAUCGACACUGCCCUCGAGAUGGCCAAAGCUCGACGCUCCGCCCCAGACAACGACUACGGCGAGCUCGUGCCCGCCUCUUCGCAACUGCCCCCUGUAGCAGACGCCGAAGAAGAAGACGCGGAGGAAGAGACAAAUCCCUCCGAAGCGGACGAGCGGCAACGGCAAGGCAGCGUGGCCAGCCACGUAUCCGACAGUAUCGAGCACACUGCGCCGGAGCCCGUCAAGCCUAAUCGAUCCGCUGUCACCUCGCAGAAGUCCCGGCGCUCGCAGGUGAUCGCGCAGGCGGUCGAGGAAGAGGAGGAGGAGUCAGUCGUGCCAGAAGAAGAAGAGGAGGAUGCGGAGGAGCCGGUCGAGAAACCACGUCGCGCCACUCGGGCAUCCAAAUCGGGCGGUACGAAGGGACCCACUUCUCCCCAACCUGCAGGCGAGGUGUCCACCACCAAAGCACCUGUCAAGCCGGCAGCAAGGUCUUCUCGCUCCGCCGUAGCGAAGGUCGCCGCAUCAUCGGCCGAAGCGGACGACAAGGUCAACACCUUCGGUCCCGCGGAGAAGGAGCCAUCACCACCUCUCAAGCCGGACGAGCCAGCCUCGACCGGUCGGCCCUCUCGAGUUGCCAAAUCUCGGGCGAUCAAGAAGACGGCGGGAGUGCUGGACGGUGAGGCGGUCCCUCUCGACAAAGCGAUGACCAAGGCCGCCGCAUCGAAGCCCACCAAGGAGGCGGCGGCUGAUGUGACCCAGCCGUCCAUCAUCGGAGACAAGGAAGGAAAGGAGGGCGAGGAUGAGGUCAUCAAGGAGAAAGAAGCCAAAAAGAAGGCUCAGGCCCCCAGGGGAAAGGGCAAGGGCAAGGCGAGGGCCAAAGAGAGCUCACCUGCCCCUGAGGUGCCUCAGCCGGACGCCCCGGAUGCCGAGCAGGCGGAGAAGGGGGAAGGACAUGGAGGAGACGAGGAUGAGGCGGUGGAUGUCGCUAAGGUCGUUGUGGCAGUAGAGCGCGAUCCGGCCGAGAAGGUCGUCACCCCCUCUAUCCCGCAGCCCGCUUCUUCUCGGGAGGUACCUAUCAGCAAGCUAAAUGCGGUCAGCAGGUCCAAGCAGAGGUACUCCAGGGGCAAGUCAGGCGAUACCAACAAGAAAGUGGAAGUGUCCGACUCUGACACGGAGUCCGAGGAGGAUGGAGACGCCAUCAGCCCGGAAGCCGACGUCGAGACCGAGCCUGUGCUUGCCCCCAUUCGUCCCGCAUCUAAACGUACCGCCGCCGCCGCCGCCGCCGCUGCCAAAGCGUCAGUCGAUCCACCUGUCCAACCUACACCCAAGUCCAAGCCCGCUACCCGAGGCAAGGUCGUCCUCCCCAAAGCGAAGACGACGAUCGCUGGGGAGAUCAAGGCUGGAGCGGCAAUGACGCCAGCUGCUAUGAAGGCGAAUGUGGCUGCUGCUUCAGAGGCCAAGGAGAUGAAGGGGAAGGGAUCGGUCAAGGGGAAGGGAAAGGGGAAGGUGGUAGAAGAGGCGGUGGAGGAAGCGGUGGGGGAGGUGGUGACGAAGGAGCCGGCCAAGAAGGGGAAGAAGGCACCGGGUCCGCCGAAUGCGACUGUGGGGGCAAAGGCGGUCACUGCGCCGGGAAGGAUGGAGGAUUUGGGCACGAGCGAUGACGCUAGCGAAGUCGUAGCGGAUGCUCCAGAUGUCGAGAUGAACGCGGAGGAGCCAGAACCCCCAGUGACCAAGAAAGGGAGAGCUCCGGCUGAGCGGGCUGGAGGGAGAGGUGCCAAGAAGAGGGCGGGCGUAGAGUCAGUGCCGGUCGAGGACGGCGGGAAAGCGGUACCACCGGAGGCGGUAGAGGAGGACGAAGUCAUGCAGGAGGGUGUGGAGGAUGAUCAGAUCGACCAGCCUGUUCUUCCUAUCGACGAUGCUCCGUCCCCCGCCCGUCGACCCUCGCCCGUCAAAUCCGCUCUGCGACAGCCUAUUCCUCCUGCCGACUCUGCCGCUCCUCAAGACACCGCCAGCCCUGUCGCCGCAAGCGUAGAUCCUAAGCAGCCGGUCGAGCGUAUCCGUCGGAUCAAAAAUGCCGCAUUUGCUCCUCGGUCGGUCACCUUCUCGGACCCGGUCGAACCUCAAGAUACGGACGACCGGGCCUUCCUGGACGCAUCGAACAGCAAGAAACCGGUCGAGAGCGGUCCGUCGGUGUCGGUCGGUGCUGGGCUUCCGAAAGAGCCGGUUGCGGAGACGUCGGAGGCUGCAGCCAAGCGAGACGCCGGCGACAUUCCCAGCGUCAAUCCCAACCAAUCACCUCAGAAGCGACGAAAGAACGAUAACAUCAACCUGCAUGACGAACAGCGGGUCAGUGCCGAGGUCCGGAACCGACCCAUCGAUCCACCUCAGGCCCAACGAGCGGCCGGACAAGCGACUCCCCCAGCAUCGCAUCGCAAACGACCGGCCGAGAUUGAGGCUGCCGGUGAUGCGGAGGUGGCCCAGGAGGAGGUGAUGCCGCUCAAGAAACGUAAGGUGUCUAUCAACGAGCCGGAAAGGGAGGGAAAGAUAGGUUGGAAGUCAGUGAGCAGGAAGCAGAAGGGAGGUCACGCAUCAGACGGUGUUGAAGGGGUCUUGGCCGCCGUCAAGCAGCGCCUCCAGAAGAGACUCGCCAUGCCGGACAAGAUCAUCAAGGCCGUCGAGCGUCAUAUCGCCAAGGCGGCAGUCAAGCUGGUCAAUGGAUUCGGUAUCGACCAUGCCGAGAUGUACCAAGCGACUACCGCCCGAGGCGCCGAAAUCGACCUCAAGCAGACCGCCCUUCAAGCUCUCUACCAAGCGCAGGUCGACGCGUCCGACCGACACUAUCGCGAUGCUCGGGACCUAUUCAAGACGUACCAGCGACCGAUGCAGGGGAUCCCGAUGAUCCUCUUCGAGUGA